AUGCCAGCACCAGAGGGGUCUUUUUCGAGCAGCUGUCCUCAACUAGGACUUCUCUGGAUGAGAAAGGUGGCGCUCACGGCGUUGGGUCGGCAGGCGAACAGGUGCUACUUGGGGAGGUUACCAGCAGAUCUACCAGCACCACUUGUGUUCUACACAGAUGAGGAGCUCAUCGCGCAUUAUAGGGAUGGGGAGAGGGGGCUGACUUGGCACCGUGAGCUCCUCAUCCCCUUCGGUAGCCUCAUCUUCUCGGUGUCCAUCAAAUUGGCUCUGGCGCGCCGUGGGGUCAAUACCGAGAAGAUUAAGAUCCGCCAGCUGGGCUGGAUCCUAUAUGCGUUCGAGUGGCCAAUCCUUAACAAUGCGCCCGAUGGGAAGUUGAGCGGCAAGUGGGAGUACAAUCGGAUUCAGUAUGAGGAGAUGUGCACCCGUGUGAAGCGGGAGGUCGAGAUCGCUGUCAUGGACCAUGGUGUCCCAUACGCCAGCAACACUAACACAUUCAACUUCCCCAACGGCGUCUACAUCGACGCUUCCGACAUGGAGACCCUUGUUAGCAGGGUGCAGGGGACAGGUGCGGAGGGGCUUAGUAGUGGCAAUAGCAAUCUGCAGCAGCAGCAGGGGGAUUGGAGCAGAGGGGCUUGGCAGCAAUCUGCAGCAGCAGCAGGGGGAUUGGAGCAGAGGGGCUUGGCAGCAAUCUGCAGCAGCAACAGGGGGAUUGGAGCAGAGGGGCUUGGCAGCAAUCUGCAGCAGCAGCAGCAGGGGGAUUGGAGCAGAGGGGCUUGGCAGCAAUCUGCAGCAGCAGCAGGGGGAUUGGAGCAGAGGGGCUUGGCAGCAAUCUGCAGCAGCAGCAGGGGGAUUGGAGCAGAGGGGCAUAUAAGUGGCUGUAGCAAUCUACAUGAGCAGGGGGACAGGAAAACGAGGGGCAUAGCAGUAGAUGCAGCAGUCUGUAGCAGCAGCAGGGGGACAGGUGCGGAGAGGCACAUGACUGGCAAGGGCAAUCUGCAGGAGCAGCAGGAUGACAGGAAAACGAGGGGCAGAGCAGAGGCAGUAGUAGUCUGCAGGGGCAGCAGGAUGACAGGAAACAGAGGGGCAUAG